UCUCUCUCUCCAGUGUUGGGGAAGGCUGGCAGGAGGGAGCCGCCAACCAACCUCUGACGGACUCGCUUCUACUCAAAGCUCAGCCCUCGAGCCAGGCGGGCGGACGCAGCGAGCGCCUCUGGCCAUGAACAGCUCCCAGGAUGAGAAUGCCACCCUUCGCCUCUUCCCUUUCACGGAGCGCGGGAACAGCGCCGCCGCCACCGCCACCAGCAGCAGCCCGGCAGACGGCGCCACCGCCAGCGCCAGCCUCUCCCCGUCUGAGGCGUUCAGCUUCUUGCCCCUGGCCGGCGGCGCCGGUGGCGUCGGCGGGGGCAGCAACCCGCCGCCCUUCUGGAACAGCCCCUUGAACCAGGGGCUGAGCGUCUUCGUGGGACUGGCCCUGUGCGUGACCAUGCUGGGCUUGGGCUGCACGGUGGAGGUGAGCCAGCUGGGCGCGCAGGUGAGGCGGCCGCUGGGCUUGCUGCUAGCGCUGCUCUGCCAGUUCGGGAUCAUGCCCCUCGUGGCCUUCCUGCUGGCCCUCAUCUUCGCCCUCGACGAGGUGGCCGCUGUGGCCGUCCUGCUCUGCGGCUGCUGCCCGGGAGGGAACCUCUCCAACAUCAUGUCCCUCCUGGUCAACGGGGACAUGAACCUCAGUAUCAUCAUGACCACAUCCUCCACCUUGCUGGCGUUGGUCUUGAUGCCCCUCUGCCUCUGGAUCUACAGCCGGGCUUGGAUUGACACCCCACUUGUGCGCUUGUUGCCCCUGGGCGCUGUCACCCUGACCUUAUGCAGCACUCUGCUCCCCAUCAGCCUUGGGGUCUUCAUCCGCUAUAGAUACUCAAGGGUCGCAGACAUCCUGCUGAAGGUUUCCUUGUGGUCUCUCCUGGUGACCUUGGUGAUCCUUUUCAUUCUCACGGGUACCAUGCUGGGUCCUGAAUUGCUGGCUACUAUUCCUGUCACUGUCUACAUGGUAGCUGUACUGAUGCCCUUGGCAGGCUAUGGCUGUGGCUAUGGGGUAGCAGCAUUAUUUCAUUUGCCACCCCACUGCAAGAGGACCGUGUCACUGGAGACAGGCUGCCAAAAUGUGCAACUCUGUACUGCUAUACUCAAGUUGACUUUUCCUCCACAGCUUAUUGGAAGCAUGUACAUGUUUCCCUUACUCUAUGCCCUCUUCCAAGCUGCAGAAGCUGGUCUGAUUGUGCUGGCCUACAAGGUGUAUGGGAAGGAUUCUUAUAAGCAAGAACCUCUAGGAGGGGAAGAAGAAGAAACAGACAUUUCGUACAAGAAGCUCAAGGAAGACGAAGUCCCAGAUACUUCUUAUGGCACAGUGCUUGCUGAGGGCCAUGAAUCUGUGCUCAUGGAACCUACACAGACUGCCCUCUAGUUGAAAGGAGGACGUGAAUGGGAAAUCCCAUUUUAGGAUAAAUGAUGUAGCAACUGGUCAACCAAAGGGUCGGAUGCGGAGAAACAACAACACCAAUAAGUUGUUGUAAGCUUGAUAUCUCCAGUAUAUAUGGUUUUGCAAACCAUUUUUAUUCCACUCAUACUUUGAGUCACAGCCUCCACACCUGCUAUCACAAAAUGUGCCAUCAUCUUAAAUGUGACACUGAAGUGCAAGCAAGAAAAAGGGCUGUACACUGAAAAGACGGACUUUCUACGGUAAUUUUGGACUGAAAGGAAGAGAAAGCCAGCAAGACAGAAACACUGAUUGUGUUUGUUGAGUGUAACUGAACACCAUCAACUGCAUUUACUCUUUAAAAAGCAAAAAAACAAAGUUAUGUAUUUUGCCUAUCAUUCAGCUUUGAUGUACAUGGAAAAGUUGAACCAGUGUUGUAUGUAUUUACCAGUGAUUAAAUUUUAUUCCAAAGAUACAAAGCCAUUAAAGAAGACC